AUGUUUUCUGGAAAUUGCUUUAUUCAUUUAGACUUUGGUCCAGCUGGUACAGCAGGCACAGCUUCAGUUAGUGCUCCUCUCUUAUCCGCUGCCAGUCUAAUUGUGUUUGACUCUUUUAUAUGUAAGAGGAUGUCAGAGAGGGAGGGACUGAGGGCAGACUCCACCCACUUCACUUUAGCGGGAGCUCCAUUUCGGAUCUUGGGAGGCUCCAUCCACUAUUUUCGGGUGCCCAGGGCCCACUGGAGAGACCGGCUGCUGAAACUGAAGGCCUGUGGUCUCAACACUCUCACCACGUAUGUGCCGUGGAAUCUUCAUGAACCGGAAAGAGGAGUUUAUGUGUUUCAGGAUCAGCUGGAUCUGGAGGCGUACAUUCGUCUUGCAGCUGAAUUAGGUCUCUGGGUUAUUCUGCGUCCUGGGCCAUACAUUUGUGCAGAAUGGGAUUUGGGUGGUCUACCAAGCUGGCUGCUGCAGGAUAAGAAAAUGAAAUUAAGGACGACUUACUCGGGUUUCACAAGUGCUGUGAGCUCAUACUUUGAUAAACUCAUUCCGAGAAUCACACCACUCCAGUAUAAAAAAGGAGGCCCUAUUAUUGCAGUUCAAGUAGAGAAUGAAUAUGGUUCAUAUGCAAAGGAUGAGCAGUACCUGUCGUUCAUCAAAGAGGCAUUAUUGUCCCGGGGAAUCUCAGAGCUUCUCAUGACAUCAGACAACCGGGAAGGGUUAAAAUGUGGAGGCGUGGAUGGAGUCUUACAGACCGUGAACCUACAGAAACUGUCUUACGGUGAUGUACAGCAUUUGGCAGAACUGCAGCCACAGAAGCCGCUGAUGGUGAUGGAGUAUUGGUCUGGCUGGUUUGAUGUCUGGGGAGAACUGCAUCAUGUUUUCUCCGCACAAGAAAUGAUCUCCAUAGUCCGAGAGCUUCUGGAUCGCGGCGUCUCCAUCAAUUUUUACAUGUUUCAUGGAGGGAGCAGCUUUGGAUUUAUGAGCGGAGCAGUUGAUUUGGGCACCUACAAACCACAGACAAGCAGCUAUGAUUAUGAUGCUCCACUGACUGAAAGCGGCGAUUAUACAACCAAGUAUCAUCUCUUGAGGAGUCUGCUGAGCUCCUACAGCAAAGAGGCGAUAAUAGAGCCGCCGGCUGUGCAGAGCAAAAGAGUGUACCAGCCGGUGGUUGUUACGCAGCACAUUUCACUAUGGGAGAGUCUUCAGUGUGUAGAAACAAGUUUCCAGGCUGAUGAUCCUGUCAGUAUGGAGAAUCUUCCAGCAAACAACAAUAACGGUCAGUCCUAUGGAUACACACUCUAUCAAACGGACAUUUAUUCAGGUGGAGAACUCAACUCAAGAAAUCAUGUUCGUGACAGAGCUCUAGUGUUUAUUGACAGAGAACUCAUCGGCGUUUUGGACUAUAGAACUCAGAAAGUUAAAAUACCUCAGAGUAAGAGUGAAAGGACCUUGAGUUUGCUGGUUGAAAACUGUGGUCGAGUAAAUUAUGGUCCAGCCCUCGACAGCCAGCAGAAAGGCCUUGUUGGAGAUAUAACUCUGGAAAAUGUACCUCUGAAAAAAUUCACCAUGCACUGUUUGGACAUGAAGCCGGGGUUCAUAAACAGCCUGCAGUCUCGGAAAUGGACAUCUGUUGGUGAAAAGCCCACCUAUCCUGCGUUUUUCAGAGGAUCUCUAGUAGUGGAUCAACCCACAGACACUUUUGUUAAGCUGCCAAAUUGGAGUAAAGGAGUGGUUUUUGUGAAUGGACAAAAUCUUGGACGCCAUUGGUCAGUUGGUCCUCAGAAAGCACUAUAUCUACCAGGACCCUGGCUCAAGAGUGGAGAAAAUGAGAUUAUUGUUUUUGAGGAAUUCAGAGCUACGGAAACAAUCCAUUUUGCUGAAAAUCCAGAGUUUGGCAAGACAAUCGACGUUUCUACACAGCUGUUUUGCACCCUCAUGUAAAAAAACACACACGUAUGGUUUCUCAAAUGACCUGAUCUCAGACUUACACCCUUUGAAUUGAAAUCACCACAGAGAUAUCGCCAUACGUUACUCAGUGUAAUAAUCACAGUACAUUCAGAAAAUUGUUCUGUAUCGAAAAAGGUCUUCUUAUAUAAAAAUAAAUCUGGUGAGGGAUAAAUAUAUACAGCCCUCUGUAUAAAAACCACUAGAAAAAAUUGCUUAAGUAUAAAACUCAUCAAGAAAUGGUCUUUAAGGGCUUGUUUUUUAUUUAAAGGGCCUGUGAAUUGCUUCGAAAUGUGCAUUUUUUAUUAAAUGUUUGACGUAAUCUAUUAAAAAUAUAGAGAUGUUGAGACAUAGAGUAGCUCCUCCCCUUUUUUUAAAAACAGCCAAUAGUGUUUUGUUUUUAAUCACCGCUCUGCCAGUGGGAGUGGUUGAGCUCAAGCACAUCCAAUGAAAAGCAAAUGAGAAGCGUCUUGAAGGGGGCGGGGCAUGUCUGAUACUAGAGAGCAGAUUUGAUGAGAAACUGAAGUAUGAGGGGAUUCAUUUAGGUGGAAUUUGACAAGCUUUGGAUGCUUAUAUCUUCUUAAUGCGAAUUUAGUCACUGAUUUGUGCCACACUAGCUUAAAACUAACAUAGUGAUACUAACAUCUAAAAAAUGUUACUUUAAUUUCACUGGACCUUUAAAUUCUGCUGCCACGUAAUGUAUGAAUGUAAUAAAUGGGUAUUUGAUAAGUUUUCUACUUUCCACUAGUCUGAAAAAAGUGGCAUUAUAGAAAAAAAUGCAUUUAUUUCCUCAAAAUUCUACACACAAUACCCCAUAAUGACAAUGUGAAAAAAGAAUUUUUGAAAUUGUUGUAAAUUUAUUAAAAAAAAAAAAACCCUGAAAAAUCACAUGUACAUCAGUAUUCACAGCCUUUGCUCAAUACUUUGUUGAUGCACCUUUGGCAGCAAUUACAGCCUCAGGUCUUUCUGAAUAUGAUGCCACAAGCUUGGCUAGCUUUCAUUAUAAUGUUGGAUGUGUGCAUUUUUAAAGUGACACCUCUGUUAAUGUAAUCAAACGAAAUAUCUAAAUAAAUGAGAUUCAUUCGUUGCUCUUUAAUCGGAAUGUGUAAGUUAUACAGUGAUGAAACGGCCAAGAUUUAAUAACUUGAUUCUCUUUCAUUAAAAUUGCUAAUGUUAAUGAGCUAAACUGUUUGCUAAUGUAUUUGCUGCUAAUGCAUACAAUUUUUUUCUUUUGUAAAUAAUAAUAAUAAAACAUAUUACUGAUAAUUUAACUGUUUAUGUACAAUGAAACAGCUCCAAAUAAACAUAUUUAGUAAUUUGGGGAUUUUUUAAGGGGGGAGGGGCCCAUAUCAUGGUGGGCAUAUCCCUUAUUUUCACAUCGCAAUGUUGACAGGUAUAACAAUGUGUAUAAUUAACUCAAACUCUUUCCUUACAGAGCUGACAAAGUAAAACUCUGUAAUGUGAGAGUUUUACUCACAUUUCACAUUUACACUGCACAUUUUGGGGCGGGAUCUGUUCCAGUGUUUGUUUAUUUGUAUGAAAAUAAACAAUUCUGUUCAAAUGUU